AGAUGAUCAGAUCUCAGUUAUAAAUUUGACUUUCGCUGUUCGCUAAACUGCACUUCAAAUUGUGAGAAAUCGUUAAAAAGAGUAACUUACUUCCAAUAUCCACCAACAGGGUUCAUUUUAAGCUUCAAUUGUUUGAAUAAAACCUACCCGCUGGAUUACACGUCGAAAAACUUGCAGACAAAUCUGUAAAUAUGAAUGAGGAAACUGUUGAAAGGUUCUCAAAUAUGUCAGAUACUGACGAGGAGUUUAAAAUUCCUUUAACCAUUAAUGAUAAGGUCCUCAGUCCUCGCGUGGUCAUGCAUCUCCGAGAAAGUACAAAUGAAUCGGCAUGUAAAUGCGAUGACGCCUAUAGAAAGCUUACCUGGAAUAGCCGACCAAUUGAAAAAGAGAAUUCGUUUUCACCGGCCGUCAACAAUACACUAAAUAGUCAUGUGGAACAAGAUAGUGGAGAUGCAAGUACUGGAUGUGAAAUAAAAUCCGAAAUCGAAUUCAUGUCAGACGCUUACGAAGACAAGCGACUGAAAGUCCGGCAAAAAUUUGAUACUCUGGAGACCAAAAACAACACUGGUGAAUAUCCGGCUAAGACUGUAAUGGAAUAUAAUGAUCGUUCCAACUCAAACUUGUGUCGAAGCCAGAUGGAAGAUGCUUUGAUGGCGCUUAACGUCACACGAGCGCAUGCAGAUAAAAUGCGCAAUCGGUUGCAUUCAUGUUCAUCCACCUUGAGGCAACAAACCGAAGAUCUUCGUAUCUCAUCACGUGUUUUAUCGUCAGCUUUAGAUAAAGUGGAUGAAUACAAGAAAAAGUGGCAAGAGGAGAUCUGUCUGAAAGAGGGCGUUUUGAGAAGAAUGGAAGACCAAGAGAGUAGAGUAAGAUCCUUGCAAAAUCUAGAGACUGAUUUGAGGCUUUUUCAACGUGGAUAUGAGAAUCUUGGUGAGCUUUUCGAAUGUAAACUUCCUUUACAAAAUAUUACGGAAAGCUCAACUUUCAUGUGGAACAAAGUUAAAAAUUUGCUCAAUUUUGUCGAUCGUGUGCAAGUUGAAGCUUCACUUGCCGCUACUGCUCACGAACUACAACUGAGAGAACGUACCGAAGCAUUUGAACGUGAGAAAUGUGUCUGGGAAAAUCUUCUAAAAAACAAAGAUGAAGUUUGUGAAGCCAGGAUGAUCCGACUAAGAUACGGGAACAACAAGUUGAAAGACGAUUUAAGUGCAGCGCACGAAGCAGUAAAACAGACAAGAGAUUCACAUCGACGAGAGAAAGAUGAAAUUGAAGACAUGUUUAAGAAUAAUACUGAUAAAAUGAAAAUGAUUGAAUGCAAUAGCAAACAAAACUAUAACUUGUUGUCUCAAUCGCAUUUAUCAAUGAAAUUGUCAUUGGAGCAAAAUACUAAAAUCUGUCAAUCAAUGGAGGAAGAACACGCUGAUUUGAGGGUCGACGUGAAGAGUAUUGAAUCUCUUCUCAUUGAGAUGAAAAAUGAGUUCAAACUAGGAAAUACUCAGAAACAAGACAAAUCAGUUGAAUGUAACGUUCCUAUAAUGCAAUUUGAUGAAAUAAAACAACAAAAACAUGAUUUGAUGAGGGAAAAUGAGAACAUGAAGCAAUCUCUGACUAAUGUUAGAAAAGAGAUUGUUAGAAAAAACAGUACAUAUAACCGAAUGUAUUCCAACUUCCAACGUCUGAAAUCGGCUUAUCAUCAACAAGAGUUGACUCUUCAACAUCUACAAUCCGACAAUUCCGUGUUGCGCAAAUCCAUUGAAAAAGAAGAUCAAGGCGCCUCGGAUACCAACAGAAAACUGUCUCAACGGCAGAACGUUGAUAAUGAGAAUCCGAUUUGUAAACGUCAACCAUUGCCUGUACCUCGUGAUAAAAUUGUAGGAGAAUCUGCCACAACUAAUCUCAACAACAGAGAUGGUACUCUGGAAAAACUGGAAUUGUCGUCGGUAAAAAAUCGUCUGUUAGAGCGAGGAAGUCGUAGCAUUACUGACAUUUCCGAAGAGAAGACAAAACCGGUGGAAAAUUUUGCGACAUCUACACCGGUGAAAAGAACCUUAAAACAAAACCUGAAACCUCGUACGGUUCCCGUAAUAUGUCCUUCCAUCGAUUCUGACCGAUCUGAAACUUCAGCAAGACGUAGGCGUUCAGAGAGCGCAGUUGAGCAGACAGUGAAUGAAACCAGAUAUACCGAUAAUAAACGUCUCACUGAAAAGAAAAUCAAAAAUAGCAGAUUCGUUUUUAAUCGAAAAACUGUGCAAUCGUGUGACGGAGACAUUCAUGUAACGGGAUCUGAUAUUAUAAAGGAUUACGAUUUGAAUAGAAGGCCAGGAAAUUUUGGCAUGAUUCGCUCUCCUAUAUUGGAUAGACCAAAAAAUCGUCUUGUAGGCAUUCCCAUGUCUGAACAAGAAUUUCAGAGACUAGUCGGAUCGAUGAACGAAGAUAUUAUUUCCACCUCGAAUGACGAUGGGUAUCAUACUUUAUCUGAUUCGGAUCAUGAAAUGAAGUCGGCUUAUGCCUCAAUAUUGAAUAUGCGUAACACUUCAAAUUCUUCUAGUCUAAUAUCCUCUACGUCUGAGUUGAAAGAUAAAACUUCACGACGAAUCAAUCGUAAUCCAAAAAUGCCACACAAAAAUAUCAGCGAUCAGUACUUGGUGACGUACAGAGGAGUUACAUUUGAUGUAGCAUCGUUUAACAUAACACAAAUGCGUCACAUUUCAUGGAACGGAGGGUUUUCCGAAUCUCAGGAAGAAAUGCAUAAGUUUAUUGACUUUUUGUCUGGAGUAGCUCAAGAGUUGAAUCGUGAUCCAGACUGGUGCGAAAGACAUUCACUUGGAAAGUCAUCAGAUUGGUUAGAACUGAAAGACUUAUUUUGAAAACAUUUACUUUAAUGUUAUGUGAACAUGACCAUUUCUAUGCAAUGAUGCUUCUCAUUCAACGUCCAUAUCAUC